GAGUUUAGGGUGGUAAAGGUGUGCGGGCGCGCGAGCGCAGACCUUCACCACUCGCCAGCCAUGUCGAAGAGAGGACGUGGAGCGUCGUCUGGCGGAAAAUUCCGCAUCUCCCUGGGUCUGCCAGUGGGGGCAGUGAUGAGCUGUGCAGAUAACACAGGGGCCAAGAACCUUUACAUAAUUGCCGUGCAAGGUAUUAAGGGUCGUCUUAACCGACUUCCUGCUGCUGCUGUUGGCGACAUUGUGGCAGCUACAGUGAAGAAGGGAAAGCCUGAGCUCAGGAAAAAGGUGCAUCCUGCUGUAGUUGUGAGACAGAGGAAGCCUUACCGCAGGAAGGAUGGCGUUUUCAUUUACUUUGAAGAUAAUGCAGGUGUUAUAGUUAACAAUAAAGGAGAAAUGAAAGGGUCGGCCAUCACUGGUCCCGUAGCAAAGGAGUGUGCGGACUUGUGGCCCAGGAUUGCCUCUAAUGCUGGCUCAAUUGCAUGAGUUUGACAAAUAAAGAAAAAAAUUG